AUGAGCGGCGCUCGCCCCCGCAGCGCGCCGCUGUUGCUAGUCCUGGCGGCAGCGUUCCUACCGCACGCCGACCAUGUCGCGGGUGCCGGUGGGGGUGGAAUGUUCGGCGACGUCAAUAUAUCAGCCAUUUUGGAUUCAUUUAGUAUAAGUUAUGAUAAAAGAGUAAGGCCCAAUUAUGGAGGACCACCCGUGGAAGUGGGGGUUACCAUGUACGUGCUCUCCAUCAGCUCUCUAUCUGAAGUCAAAAUGGACUUCACUUUGGAUUUUUACUUCAGACAAUUUUGGACAGACCCACGAUUAGCAUACAAGAAAAGAACGGGCGUAGAAACAUUAUCUGUCGGGUCUGAGUUCAUCAAGAACAUUUGGGUGCCGGACACAUUUUUUGUAAACGAAAAACAAUCUUAUUUUCACAUCGCAACUACAAGCAAUGAAUUCAUUCGAAUACACUACUCUGGCUCAAUCACUAGAAGUAUCAGAUUGACUAUAACUGCAUCCUGUCCUAUGAACCUUCAAUACUUUCCUAUGGAUCGACAAUUAUGCCAUAUUGAAAUUGAGAGUUUCGGCUACACCAUGCGGGACAUCCGGUACAAAUGGAACGAGGGGCCCAACUCUGUGGGUGUGUCCAGCGAGGUGUCCCUGCCGCAGUUCAAGGUCCUGGGCCAUCGCCAGCGCGCUAUGGAGAUCUCCCUCACCACAGGAAACUAUUCAAGAUUGGCAUGUGAGAUUCAAUUUGUUCGAUCUAUGGGCUAUUACCUCAUCCAGAUAUAUAUUCCUUCGGGUUUGAUCGUUAUUAUUUCUUGGGUAUCGUUUUGGCUGAAUCGAAAUGCGACACCGGCGCGAGUAGCCUUGGGCGUGACCACGGUGUUGACCAUGACCACGUUGAUGUCAUCCACAAACGCUGCGCUGCCAAAGAUUUCAUACGUCAAGUCCAUAGACGUAUACUUGGGCACCUGUUUCGUGAUGGUCUUCGCUAGUCUAUUAGAAUAUGCUACAGUGGGUUACAUGGCCAAAAGAAUACAAAUGAGAAAACAAAGAUUUGUAGCGAUUCAGAAAAUAGCGUCUGAAAAGAAAAUGCCCGUCGAUUGCCCUCCAGUAGGGGAUCCUCAUACGCUUUCUAAAAUGGGAACCCUGGGGAGGUGUCCGCCUGGUAGGCCUUCGGAGGUUCGGUUUAAAGUCCACGAUCCUAAAGCACAUUCAAAAGGCGCCACUUUAGAAAAUACAAUAAAUGGAGGUAGAGGGGGUGCAGAAGAAGAGAAUCCUGGACCACCUCCCCACAUUUUGCAUCCUGGCAAGGACAUAAGCAAGCUCUUGGGUAUGACUCCAUCGGAUAUCGACAAGUACUCCCGUAUUGUGUUCCCCGUGUGCUUCGUCUGCUUUAACCUUAUGUACUGGAUCAUUUAUCUCCACGUUUCUGACGUCGUGGCUGACGAUCUGGUUCUUCUGGAAGAGGAUAAAUAGAGGGCGCUUUGUAACAUCCACUUAUUUCUCCAACAAAAAUAAAUAGUAAUUUGAACCACAUUUUGUAAGAAUAUGAUUAGGUCACUAUCAUUCAAAACACUCACAAGCGUUAGAUGUUAAGGAUUACUUUCAAUUAAAAUUAAUUUGUAGGUAUUAUAGCGAAAGUAAUUGCUAGAUGUUAGCUUUAUAGUAAUUUUUUAACAGGAAAAUGUAAAUAUAUAAAGUUUAGAAUACACGCGUAUUUGAUGAACGUCUUUAGUCAUAAGACAACAUAUUAUCUUUGAGUCUGAAGUAGUAACAGAAACGACUGAAAAAAUGUCAUUUACACGCGAUAAAGAACUCGAUUUUAUAAGCUCAAAAUCGUUGUUAUAUAGAUUUCGUUUUAAACCAGACAUUAAGUCAAUAUAGAAUAAAGUCCAUAAACUUUUGCAUGUUACUUAAAAUUAAAACGUGCUCAAGUAAUUUAGUACGGCUAGUGUUUGUUUUUAGAGUCCAACUUAAAUAGAACAUACGUCCAUUUGAAAUGGUGUCAAUGGCUCUAAAAUGAGAAAACAUUUAUAAUAAAAAAUGUUGAGAACUUUUCAUAAAAA